ACAGCUGGUUUUGGUCUUCGGCAACUUUUGAAAGUCCACUUGAUCAUAUUGACUGCCCCCAUGAACAUCAGGGCGGUUAACUGUCUUUUCUUUGUAGUAGGCCUUGUGCCGUGCAUUGCUACACCUAGCAAGAGGGAUUUAAUCUUGGGAGCUGAAGUUGCUCUCUAUGAUGUCCGCGAUCUGCAAGUCCCCAAAACCAAACAUGCGUUUCCACCGUUUCGAUGGGAUGAAGAGCAGGGCAUGUGGCCAAGUGACGUCAAGAUGAAUUUCCAUGGCAAUCCGGAUUAUGCUCUCUUUAGACAAAUAUUCGGCAUCUUUGAUAACAAUAUGUUUGCGACAACAUACAUCACAACGUGUGUUGCUGAGGCAAGACGACACUUUGACCCAGCAUGGUAUAACCAAACCAUUGGCUUGGUGAUGAAUGGCAUCAACGCCAUCAAACGUCAUCAUGAUUUAAAUGUGAAUUAUUCCAAUUCCUUAAUGACAUUCUGGCCUCAAACGUAUAAUAACGACUCCAAGGUAUAUAACAGCUACCCCGUAAACCUCAAUGACGUGAUUCAUCUGACUGAGAAUUUACCUCUGAAUGCAACCUACGCAUUUCUUGAAAGUCUUGGACUUAAGGAUGUGGACAGAAUCAUCCAUGAACUCGUUGAAAUGAGAAACGUCUCCACACUGGAAUUCCACCUACCUCCGGAUUUCGAUGAUACUUUCCUCAACAUUGGUUUGGGUUCGAUGCUUGCCGAAAUGUCUCUAGAGUACCCCGGAGCGUUCAAACUGUGGUCGUCCCACAACACCAACACUACGUCCGUGUUCGAUGCUCUCAAGUACUACGCUUACAGACCGUUCUCCGGGGACCAACGUGUGAACACCAUCGACUCCAGGAGCUACUACUACCUUAGGCCGUGGUUGGAGCAGGAGAAGGCAGCCGGGCGUGAUGUCGCUCUUGUGCCAACGUGGGUCCAGGAUACUGAUGAGGUACGCACCUGGUUCGACAAGGGAGUCAUGAUGCCUUCCAACGUCAACAACGUUGACGUCACUGUGUGUGCUAACUUCAUCUACGCCGUGACAUCAGGCAUCAUCCACGGCGUCCUUCAACCAUCGUUAUUAGAUGACCCUGAUAUCAUGCACAUCUACAACGAUACAGCCAGGAUGAUCGCUUUCCAAGUGUCGACAAACUUCUCUGAGCGAGCAGACCUGGCGUUGACGUACUACCCCUCUGUCAUAGAGUUCUACUGGCUCGUGGCUAGGACUUACAACAAACUACAGGAAACUCUCGACGGGACGGGAUCGCUGCCACAUAAGGGCAUGGACCAGGUUCUGGUAGACUUCAAGGCAGUGUUGAGGUCAUACGCAUCUCCCCGGAUCCUGGCCCAGGGAACACCCUCCUCUAUAUAUAACUUAUCGACCUUAUACUUCGACGACUUCCUCGGCGCUGCCGACACAGACUACAGCAACAAAUCAGCUAGCAAUCCUGAAGAUCGUAGAUUCACUACGUCGAUGGCCUUGACCGCUCUGCUGACCAUCUGGACCACGCAGGAACAGCACACAGGGAAGAUGAUCUGGGAUGCAGAUACCCCCGAAGACGUUAAGAAGGCUGUUAACAAGACGGUCACGUGGGUGUACUAUCACUCCGACGGCGUGGAACCUGCUGUACCGUGGAACGUCAUAUUCGCCGGCUCGUUUAAAGGGUUUACGAUGGAUACGUUCGAAUACCCAAUGAACAGACUGGAGUUAUUUAACGGGACGAAAAUAAACAAGACCGAUAUUCGCAACGAGAAGUUUAUCCAGGGAGUGGAAGGGUUCAUCCCUGAAGACGAGUAUAAAAAUAUGAUGGAGGAACUUCACACCCCAACCGUCAAUCCCGGCUACAACAUCGACGGCGACUUCUUCCCCUUCUGGUCCUCUGAAGCUUACACCCACGUCAUCGCGAUGCUGGGCCUGGGGAAAUUCAUUGGGACUUUGUAAUAAUGAACAAACAUCAAUAAAACAACAAAUAUAUGUUUGUUCGACGUUAGAGUAAGUGUCGCCUAAACAUAUUCAUCACGCUAA